AUGCGGUCUUGUCGAAGUGCUCGAGUGCCUAUUGAAGUCGUCCACGACCCUGAGAUGGGCGACAAACUUGAGCCAUCCUUGGAUGUUGAUAUCGAAGCCGACAAUGUCAAUGGCGGAGGUCACACUAAUGCCGAAGAGGAGGCUGAUGGUGGUGAUCUUACACACGACAGUUUGCCUCAUUUGGUUGGUCCAGAUGGUGGAUGGGGAUGGCUCGUAGUACUGGGCUCAUUCUGCUGCCUUGUCUUGGUUGAUGGAAUUUCUUGUUCCUUUGGCCUACUCCUUCGACCAACUUGUCCCUUUUCCAUCAGCAAUUUCAAAGGUGGGAACGGCGGCGCUAGCGGUGACAGUGCGGAGGGAAGCCUUCGCGCUCAUCCACCUUUUCCACAAUCUCCAAGUGAUCCAAAAGGGUCACUUUCUAUGUCAGAUGACAUUAGUGGACUUCUUCAGUUGUCAGAUAUGAAUCUUAUAGAUAUGCACGGAGGGGAAGGAAUUGCUUUGCUCUUGCGCAGAGCUAGGAGUAGCUUGCUAAUUAAUAAUGCCACUAGUGCUGAUAGUAGUGAAAAAUUGGUUGCCGAGAGGAUUAUACGCGGUACAAUUACUGAAGAUCGGCAAGCCAAUGUCAACACGGGAUUUUUGGUGGACCCGACAUAUAGCUGCGUUCCGAUUACGGAAGCAGGCGACUCAAUGAUGGAGCACAGAAGGGCUAUUCUUCUUAUGCCAGGAUCCCUGUUGAUGGGAUCUUGUCUUUUUCUUGGGCCGUUGGCCAGUGCCUUGAGCAACCAAUUCGACUUUCGACCUGUUGUCAUGGCUGGCGCGAUAAUUUCGACAGCAGCUUUAUUGGCAAGUGCCUAUACGACAAGCAUUCAAUUGCUGGUGGUAUCCUUUGGCCUAUUUGGGGGUAUGUUUAUUCUAAAUCUUCUUAAGCUAUUUUUCUGUGUUUAA